UUUGGUCUUUCUGGACCAUCUGGCUUCCCGUACUGCCACUCACUCUUUGCUCAAGUCGCGAGUGUACUCGUAGCAAAGUGGUAUAGCAGUAUUGCUAACUUUGACUUCGGUUCAGUUUCAGUGCCACUUCUGCCCCAGGUUGAGCUCAUAUUCGGUGUGGUGAAAAUGCGUUUUGCGUGCUCUGUUGUUAUCAGUCUCAUACUGGUCAUUGGAUCUUCAGAGGGCAGCGAUGUGCUCGAGCUUGGAGACUCAGACUUUGAUCGCACUGCAGCCAUGCAUGAGACUAUGCUGGUAGAGUUCUUCGCACCUUGGUGUGGUCACUGCCAGAGGCUGGCUCCUGAAUAUGAGACCGCUGCAACAAAGUUAAAAGGGACAGUGCCUCUAGCAAAGGUUGACUGCACAACAAAUACUGAGAUCUGUGAACGUUUUGGAGUAAAUGGAUACCCCACACUUAAAAUCUUCCGCAGUGGAGAGGAAGCUGGAUCUUAUGAUGGACCCAGAACAGCAGCUGGAAUUGUCAGCCAUAUGAAAAAGCAUUCAGGGCCGAGUUCUGUUGCUCUGAUCAGUGAGGUUGAUUUGGAUUCUUUUGUUGACAACUUUGAGGCUGGUGUGGUGGGCUUUUUCUCUGGGGAAGACAGUGAACAGCUUGCAGAGUUUCUGAAGGCAUCUAGUGCCAUGAGUGACAGCUAUCGAUUUGCCCAUUCUACUGAUGUGGGAACAGGUCUGAAAUAUGGUGUAAAUGAAGAGUGUGUUCUGCUGUUUCGUCCUCCACGCUUGAACAGCAAGUUUGAGGACAGUGUGGUAAAAUACACUAAACCGGUUUCAUUGUCCUCUCUGCGCACAUUCAUCAGAGACAAUGUAUUUGGGCUCUGUCCACAUCUGACCACUGAGAACAGGGAGACUCUGAGGGAAAGUGACCUGCUUACAGCAUACUACAAUGUAGAUUAUAUACGGAAUAUUAAAGGCACGAACUAUUGGAGAAACAGAAUAAUGAAGGUGGCGACACAAUUCCAGGGUAGAGGUUUGAAUUUUGCGGUGGCAGAUAGGCAGGAGUUCCAGGAUGAGCUUGAGGAGGAGUUUGGUUUGGGUCUGUCAGAGGAAGGAGACAUUCCCCUCAUCACCAUCCGAACCAGUGCCGGACACAAGUACAGCAUGCAAGAGGAAUUCACGAGAGAUGGGAAGUCCUUGGAGAGGUUCUUGGAAGAUUACUUUGAUAAUAAAUUGAAAAGUUAUGUUAAGAGUGAAGCUGUUCCAGACUCUAACGAUGGCCCUGUCAAGGUUGUUGUGGCCGACACAUUCGAUGAGAUUGUAAACGAUCCACAAAAGGAUGUGUUGGUUGAAUUUUAUGCUCCCUGGUGUGGCCAUUGCAAGAACCUGGAGCCCAUAUACAAGGAGCUUGGAGAAAAGCUUUCUGGGGACCCCAGCAUUGUUAUAGCCAAAAUGGAUGCCACUGCUAAUGAUGUUCCUCCUAAUUAUGACGUCCAAGGAUUUCCAACAAUUUACUUUGUACCAUCUGGACAAAAAGAGCAGCCACAGCGAUAUGAGGGUGGUCGUGAGGUUAGUGACUUCAUCAGCUACUUAAAGAAAGAAGCCACAAAUCCACUCGUCCUUAGCGACUCGAGGGAGGAACUGUAAACAAACAUAGAGACAGUGACUUUAAGGUAGAGAUAUGUACAGAGCCACACUGAAGAGAUCAUUUGAUCGUCAGUACAACUAUUUUUUCACAGCUUCAAAGCAGCUAUAUAGUAUGAAAUUGAAUGGGAUUAUUGAUGCCCAUUUGGCCCACUGCUAAAGCUGCUAUUCACUUGUAAAGUGUUAGUGACUGUAAACUAAAACUGCGUAUAUGUUAAGGAUUGUGGUUUAAAAAGUUAAAUACUGAUGUCUUUUAAAAAUCAGUUAUUUAUCAAUCUGCUGCCUUUAUUCAGUUUUCAGCCACAAUUUUUGUUCAAGUCAUUUGCAAAUUCACUGCAUAUAAGACAAUUUCCAGAUUUCCUACUGUGUUUACAACGUUUAUUUAAAGACCGUUUUUUUAAUUUCAUAGGUUAUAUAUGUUAUUGUAGCAUCCUAUAACCAUAUGCUAAUGUAUAUCACUGCUUAAUACAAUUUCACCAACAUUUAUGUUGUUUUUAUAUUUAUUUUGGGAUGGAGUAUGGAGUACACCAAAUGUUUGCACAGUGUUUACCUUCACUAACAAAAGGAUUAGUAAAGCUUACAGGUCAAAAAUGUAUGUGCCAAGAUCACAGGUGUAUCAUACAGUAGUUUUGUUUGAAUACUUCUGUAUAAAAUAAGAGUCAGUUUUACAACAUUACAAACAUCUUCAUGUUUAGUUUACAAAUUGUGUGAAUGUUACUGCAAUGUACAUUGUCAUUUUAAAUAAUUGUUUAUGGUCCAUUUAGAUAGUUCCAUAAAAUGGUUUGUUUCA